CGAGCGCGUGAUCUACCUCGGCACGUCUGUGUCACAUUUCGCAACUCUCGAGACCUUCGCAGACAUAUAAGAGCCAGGGCCAGCAAGCUUACUCAACUUAAAUCCUUGUGCUCAUCCUCAAAGCUCGCGACUGUUCAAGAAUAUCGUCAAGCGACGUUCAAACAGCUGAUCGAUUAGCGAAUUACACUUUCCAGAUGCGCAAGUCUGCAAUUCAGCGCUCGGCCGCUAUCCUUGUCCUGCUUCUCAGUGUCGGUCUGGCGGUGUCUGGCGCCCCCGUCAAGGAAGCGCGUGCGCCUAAUACAGCAAGUCGAGAAGUGCUGGACGCCAGGGCGCAAGUCUAUGCGCACAAGCUUCACGGCAACACCUUUUUGAGGACGCUCAAGAACAGACCGCAGCCUCGUCAGACCAGCGCUGCGGACUUGCCUGGCAGCUACGAGAGGCGCGAGUCUGAUCUUGCGGACCAACAGCUCCUGCCGCGUCAGCCCGACCAGGAAUACUCGACUGCAGACGGCGUUCGGGUGCCUCGCGACCUUGGAAGCACUCCCGAAAAGCUUGGCAAGCACCCGCUCAAGUGGCACUUGAGAUCCGUCGAGGAUGGCACGUCGAUACGAAAGAUCAUUGUGGAAAGAGCCACGAGUCAAAGGGAGGAAAUUCAAGCGCGCGCACAGCGCAUCCUACCAAAGACGCCCAGCGAUCGAUUUGCGAACAUACGAAAACGCCCUCGUGCUGUUGUAGAGGCAGCUGAUUUCUCGACGGCCGAGAUGCUCGACGGCCGUGGAGUGGCAACAAGCGCCGGCUUGUUGAAUGCUCAACAAUUUCGUCGUCGUUAUAAUUUACCUCCGACCUCGUCGCCCUCCAAACCAGGCUCUACCGGCUCUGGCUCUAUCUCUAAGCACCCGCCGCCGCCGCAUCGCAGAGACGUGCAAGAAGAGAUUGAGCACGUAGAUCGUCGUCAGCCUUUGGGUCCCGGUGGCCCUCCCCCUUACGCGUGGCCUGGGCCUGGCUCGGACACUCCGCCGCCUCGUCGAGGGAACACGCAAGAGGAGACGGCGUCUAUUGAUCGUCGUGAAGAUCGCUCGCAAUCUACACCGCCUUACGCUUUCGAUUCAAAUUCAGGCGCUUCCAGCCCCGGUCCAGGCGCCUCCACUCCUGGCUACGGUCCCCAAGGCUCAGAGCGCUCGCCAAACAAUCGUAGAGGCACGCAAGAGGAUUCGGUUCACGAAUCCGAACAGCUUGCUCGCGAAGAAGCUGGGACUGUGAGCUUGCCUGAGCCUCGUACAGAGGAGAAGACGCCACAUCCGCUUCCUCAUCACCGCAGAGAGGUCCGGGAGGAUGAACGGAUCGCUCGAUCUCGUAAUCAAAGUGAAGCAUCUGAGGCGCACGGGAACGACGAUCCGGAAAACACUCCCGAAAGAAGAGCACAAGAGGAUGUGCUGGUCACUCGGGACGACGGGGAGGAGUGGGGAAACGGAGGCCCUGCAGAAAUCGGGACUCCUCCUCGUAAGAGGGCCAAGAAGGAUACGCUUGUCGUUCGCGAGGACGAUGGUGGCGCUUCCAGCCGUGCAGACGACGGCGGCAGUUCCAGCUCUGGCGGUGCUAGUGGCGGUUCCAGCUCUGACCCAGGUCCUUCCAAAUCAGGAGAGCUCAGAAGCGUCCAAGACGAGCACUUUGCUCGCGAUCAAGUACAGCAGGACGCCAAGCGCACAAAAGUGCUGCGCAAGCGAGGAGCUGCCGUCACCACGACCGCUCAUGCUGAUGGCGUCUUCUAUUUGCACGUGUUGCCCUAGCUCCACGAGCCUUUGCGAACAUAGCCAGACAUGUACCCAAACCAUCAGCCCAGAAGGUUUCCCAAUUCGAGAACAAAGUCGAGCGUUGCGAAUACCGAUCUACUCGUAUCUACAUC